AUGAACAACGAGCUCGCGUUAUCGGCUCCAAACGGGGCAAAUGCCGAGAAGGAUGCAGGCGCAACAAAUUUGAGUACCUUACCGACGGAUACCCCGAACACUCUGGCAACGGCAACAAUGAAGGCACCUCAAUUGACAAGACCAGUCCUUGUAACCUUCAUGGAUGGAAGCUACUAUGUCCGGGUUUUACUCACCCAGUGGGCCGUUGCCUACGCUGGCAUGCUCUCCACGACUCUCCUGUUUGCUCUCGACAACAAAUUCGCCCCCAACAUCCAGCCAGCCAUCAUCAACGACUUUGGCCACCUCUAG